AUGGCAACCAAGCGUAAAUUAGAACCAGAUUAUGAAGCCAAACAGCAGCAAUCCGACGGUACAACGAGCGAUAAAAAGGUAAAACAGAAUUCCGCUAAUACCAUAGAAACAACCCAAAGUGAAACAAUACAAGUUGGAAUAAAUGAAACAAGUUCUUACAAGUAUAUUGACACGAAGGGAAAGUUCAGUUCUGCUAUCAAUGAGCUAAACGACAAGAUUAAAGACGGCAAAACCAUAGCAUUGGACUGUGAAGGAGUUGACUUGUCAAGGUUUGGAUGCGUAACGAUGGUCAAUGUAGGUACUAAAUAUAUGGUCUAUCUAAUUGAUGUUUUGAAGAUAGGAGACAGCGUUUUCGAUGACGGGCUUCGCUCUAUACUCGAAAAUAAUACUAUUGAAAAAUUAAUGUUCGACUGUCGAGAAGACGCAGAUGCUUUAUUUCAUCUGCAUAAAGUAAACCUGGACGGGGUAUUAGAUGUUCAAUUGUUAGAAUUGAGUAAUAGGAUUUUUAGAAAUGGAUACACAAUAUUGGGCAGUCUAGAGAAAUGUCUUCAAAAAUUUCUUUCAGACGAUACUCUCCAUAGAUUGAAAAAACAGGGACGGGAAACUAUGCUCAAGACAACAAAUAUAUGGAAAGAUAGACCCCUGAGUGAAAGUAUGCUGAAAUAUGCAGCUGUAGAUGUUCUAGCACUUUUCAAGUUAUAUAAUACGUUUAAAAACAGAAUGACACACAAUACCUGGAAAGCUGCAUCUAGCCUAUAUUGUAACAACAAAAGAUCUCGAGCAAGAACAUAUCGUGAUGGAGAUGCUCAUUUGCCGAUACGCGUGCGUGAUAUAAUACUGAAUAUUAUGAAUUAA